AUGCUCCAAAGCACCAUACAUUACUGCCAACUAGAUGAUAGCAACUUCAUCCUAGCCAAUGCCCAGGUGGCGAAGGGUUUCCCCAUAGUCUACUGUUCUGAUGGCUUUUGUGAGCUUGCUGGAUUUGCCCGAACUGAAGUCAUGCAGAAGAGUUGCAGCUGCAAAUUCUUAUUUGGGGUUGAAACCAACGAGCAACUGAUGCUUCAAAUAGACAAGUCACUGGAGGAAAAAACAGAAUUCAAAGGAGAAAUUAUGUUCUACAAGAAGAAUGACAAAGCCAGAGGAAGAUCAAGAGCAGGUACUCACUUUGACUCAGCCCGGAGACGGAGUCGAGCAGUCCUUUAUCACAUCUCUGGGCACCUGCAAAGAAGAGAAAAGAACAAAUUGAAAAUAAAUAAUAAUGUUUUUGUAGAUAAACCAGCAUUUCCGGAGUAUAAAGUUUCUGACGCAAAAAAGUCCAAAUUCAUCCUUUUGCAUUUUAGCACUUUUAAAGCUGGCUGGGACUGGCUUAUUCUGCUGGCAACGUUUUAUGUUGCCGUGACUGUACCUUACAAUGUUUGCUUUAUUGGCAACGACGACCUGUCCACGACUCGGAGCACCACAGUCAGUGACAUUGCCGUGGAGAUUCUUUUUAUUAUAGAUAUUAUUUUAAAUUUCCGAACAACCUAUGUCAGCAAGUCUGGCCAAGUUAUCUUUGAAGCAAGAUCAAUUUGCAUCCACUAUGUCACAACCUGGUUCAUCAUUGAUUUAAUCGCUGCCCUGCCUUUUGAUCUCCUGUAUGCUUUCAACGUCACAGUGGUGUCUCUCGUGCACCUGCUGAAGACUGUGCGGCUACUGCGUCUUUUGCGUCUCCUGCAGAAGCUGGACCGUUAUUCCCAACAUAGCACCAUCGUCCUGACCCUGCUCAUGUCCAUGUUUGCGCUCCUUGCACACUGGAUGGCGUGUAUCUGGUAUGUCAUUGGAAAAAUGGAGAGGGAAGACAACAGCCUUCUGAAGUGGGAAGUUGGUUGGCUCCAUGAGUUGGGGAAGAGACUGGAGUCGCCAUACUAUGGCAACAAUACCCUGGGGGGCCCGUCGAUCCGAAGUGCCUACAUUGCAGCGCUGUACUUCACCCUCAGCAGCCUCACCAGCGUUGGGUUUGGGAAUGUCUCUGCCAAUACGGACGCAGAGAAGAUCUUUUCCAUCUGCACCAUGCUGAUUGGUGCCUUGAUGCAUGCCUUGGUGUUUGGAAAUGUAACAGCGAUCAUACAGAGGAUGUACUCCAGAUGGUCCCUGUAUCACACUAGAACUAAGGACCUGAAAGACUUCAUACGUGUCCAUCACCUGCCCCAGCAGCUCAAGCAGAGGAUGCUCGAAUAUUUCCAAACAACCUGGUCAGUCAACAAUGGAAUAGAUUCAAAUGAGCUUCUGAAAGACUUUCCAGAUGAGCUACGUUCUGACAUCACUAUGCACUUGAACAAGGAAAUCUUACAGUUGUCCCUUUUUGAGUGUGCCAGCCGGGGCUGCCUCCGGUCCCUGUCUCUACACAUAAAAACCUCUUUCUGUGCUCCGGGGGAGUAUCUGCUGCGCCAAGGAGAUGCUUUGCAGGCCAUCUACUUUGUCUGCUCGGGCUCCAUGGAGGUCCUUAAAGACAGCAUGGUGCUGGCUAUUCUUGGGAAAGGGGAUUUAAUUGGAGCCAAUCUAUCAAUUAAGGACCAAGUGAUCAAGACCAAUGCAGAUGUGAAGGCUUUAACCUACUGUGAUCUCCAGUGUAUCAUCCUCAAAGGACUCUUUGAAGUGCUAGACCUCUACCCAGAAUAUGCUCACAAGUUCGUGGAAGACAUUCAGCAUGAUCUCACAUACAACCUUCGAGAAGGUCAUGAGAGCGAUGUGAUAUCAAGAUUAUCGAACAAAUCUACGGUCUCACAGCUAAAAAUUUCCUUUAUUCUAAACAGGAUUGUUGAUGGAAUUGAAGAUGGAAAUAGCAGUGAAGAAAGCCAGACUUUUGAAUUUGGCUCUGAACGAAUCAGGCCAGAUCCCAGAAUUUCUCCUCCUCUCAGAGACCCAGAGAUUGGAGCUGCUGUUCUUUUCAUCAAAGCAGAGGAGACCAAGCAGCAGAUAAAGAAACUCAACAGUGAGGUAACAACGCUGACUCAGGAGGUCUCUCAAUUAGGUAAAGACAUGAGGAAUGUGAUGCACCUUCUAGAAAAUGUUCUGUCACCCCAGCAGCCAUCAGGGUUUUGCUCUCUGCACACUGCCUCUGUGUGUCCCAGUAGGGACAGCUCACAGACCAGGAUGACCUGGAGUACGCAUCAGCCUUGCCUGCACGUGCAAGCAGGUGGAGCUGCUUAUACUCAAGCACAACUUUAUCACGGUCAUGCCACUUCUGAUAUUUGGAGUGUGGACCCCUCCUCUGUGGAGGGCAGCCCCCAACGAACUGGAGCUCGUGAGCAACAUCCUGCAGACCGUGAACUCUGUCACUCUCCACACCUGGAUUUUUCACCUGCCCACCACCAGGUUGUCCAAGAAGGUCAUUUGCAAUUUUUAAGGUGCAUCUCUCCACAUUCAGAUAGCACGCUGACGCCCCUGCAGUCCAUUUCAGCGACUCUCUCGUCCUCUGUCUGCUCCUCCUCGGAAACAUCUUUGCACCUGAUUCUCCCAAGCAGAUCUGAGGAGGGCAGCCUCAGCCAGGGAGCCGUGAGUUCCUUCAGCCUGGAAAACUUGCCAGGAUCUUGGGAGCGGGAAGGAAUGGCAUCAACCUCUACUGAACCUUUGGAGAACUUUCCACUGGAAGUUGUCACAAGCACAGCAGAAGUGAAAGACAAUGAAGCCAUAAACGUAUGACAUUAGUGCAUGUGAGGCAGCUGCCAGUUUCGGACCCGCCACUGCAUGACAGCUUUUGUUUGCCUUUUUUUUUUUUUCUGCCUCCAGCGGGCCUGAAGACUGGGCAGAUUUGAGAGUCCUGCCCAAGAGAGUAUGAGGUGCCAGGGAGAGUCACAACCACCUCCAUACUGUCGCAAAGACUUCCUAGAUCCUAGAAUCAUAAUAGAAACAUUCUCCUGUACAGGUAUUAACUUACCGGUCUGUUUGACAGACUUUGGUAAAAGUCCAAAGACCCUGAGGGUCUGAGCAGCUAGAAGUCCCAGACAAAGAAUUUGUGAAUUCCUUUUUGUCCUAGGUGGCUUUUGUGAAGAGCGGCAAAGGUUUUUCCUGAGUGCCUAUUUGUCAUGCUUGAACAAUAUCCGUAGCACUGUUGGCCUCGGGAGUGAGUGCACAGCUCCCGCUGAUCUAUUUUAUUUUUUGUGAAGGCAAAGGGACAAUUAUCACUGCAUGUCAUCUCCUAGACAAUCAGUCAAAUAGAGCUGGUGGCCAGUGGUUAGCUAUUGCACGUUAUUUGCCAUGUAAAUGAAUAUGUCUUUAUUUAUCAAGAAAAAAAAAGAGAGG